AAUAAAAAUGAAAAGGGUAGGAUAUGAGAUAUGAGAGAGUAGACUAUGGAGAAGAAGAAUCUUCAUUCUUGAAAAGUUUAAAGCUUUAAGCAUACUGCACCUGCUUCCUCCUUUAACACGCGGAAUUCAUCUUCCAGCUGAUCAGGUCACUUGUUGAUUGCUUUGAAUAAUUUUGGUGUUUGAAGAGAUCAUUGUAUUCCAAAAUGAGGGGACGCGUAAGAUGGGACGAAGCUAACAUUGGAGAAAUUGAGGCAAACAAACCUGUGAGGCAGAAAAUUACUGAGCCUAAGACUCCAUAUCAUCCGAUGAUUGAUGACGACAGUUCUCUAUCCCCUGUACGAGGAAGUUUUGAUGCAUGUAUUGGUGAUGAAAAUGAUAAUCACACCGUGCAUGCUGAAGCAAUAUGGAGUGCUCUGAAUGACAUGGCUUCUAGUAGCCAGAAAGGUGCUGGACAAUCUGGCGGUUGGUCAUCUGAAGAUGAGGCAGAAGCAAUGGAUCAAGAUGGUGAUGAGAGGAGCUUAAGGUUUAAAGAACAUAGAAAGGCCCACUAUGACGAAUUUCUGAAAGUUAGAGAGUUGCGGCAGAAGGGGCUUCUUGAAGAAGAAGAAGAAAAGGAUGAGGAUGAUGGUUCUGUACUUUGUAAAGGAGAGUAUGAAUCUGAACCAUCGUCUUCACUGAGUGAUGGCGUCAAAGAGAUAGAUAUUGAAGGGAAACAAAAAGUUUCAAUGCCUUCAUCUAAUGGUUCUUAGACAUUGGUUGAUAAACAAAAUCCAUUGUUAUUAUUAGCUUUCUUUUUUUCUUUUAACAUAUAUCAUAUCUGUGGGCUUAAAAUAAUGAAUAACACUAAAUCAUGUACUGUAUUUUUGUAUUCUUGUAUUAUUGUUGGUACAUAAGUUAUUUCAUGAAAA